AUGGACCCCAUCACUCUGAGCCGACGCGAUGAAAACGUCCUUGAGAAGAUGAAAGAUCCGGAAUCGGACCCAUCAACAUCGAUCCUUGUUGAUUCGACUUUGCCAAAAGACCCCAACGUCACCGAGCCGAGUAUAUAUGAGCGGGUCUCAAAACGCGAGAAGGACAUUGUACUGUCAAUGCAGCAACUCGAGAUGCAGUUGGCCGGCAUUAAGGUUUUGAGAUCAGUGCAGGACCCUGUCCAAGAAUAUGCAGCAUGCGUGUCCCAUCUUGGAGAGCUCAUCUCAGAAUUUCCAAACUAUGCCAGCGCUCGCAAUAACAGGGCACAAGCACUCAGGCGGCUGCACGGAGACAAACUCUUAUCGAAAGUGCUGGAUAUGCAAGCUCUAAAGCAAGACGCAAGCAAUGAGGAGCGAGCACAAGCCGCAAUAACAUUGCUCGGCGACUUGGACGAAGCCAUCUCCCUGCUGACGCCCAAGAGCGUCUUUGGAUCAAUCUCGCCAGUAGCUGGGAGAACUCUGUCCUUGGCACACACGCAGCGCGGUGCAAUCUACCACAUGACGGCAAAGUCUGCCUCGGCAGAGCGUCAGGAUCUCGGAGAAAGGAGAGAAGCUGUUUGGAGCAUUGUAGAUUUUGAGACGGCGGCAUCCAGAGAUUUUGCGCUCGGAGGAAAAUAUGGCAACGAUAUAGCAAAGGGUUUGGCGGUAGCGACAAACCCCACUGCGAAGUUAUGCGGUCAGAUGGUGAGAGAAGCAAUGAAGAAGGAGUAUGGCCCGGCUUUUGAGGGCCUGUGA